AUGAAUCUUAUGCAUACUUUCUGUACCGAAGUUCUUCGAGCACACAAUAACCAAGACUCAGAAUACAUCCAACGUUUAUUCGAUCUGCAACAAGAUGACCCUGAUCACGUUCAAUUGCGAAACACGCUCUCACAAAUCCCAGGCUCCGAUUGGGAAAGGGUAGUCAACCAAUGUCUCAAAGAUACGAGUAAUGCCCUUGUGAAUGCAGUUGUCUGCUAUUUCAAGGCGGUUACGGCAGUCAAUACGCCUGUUUCGCAACUUUAUGAUGCCGUUGAAGCGUUUUACAGUGCACUGGUGCCGGUAUUCAGCUCAUCUGAAGGCGUCUAUCUCAUGGAUUAUAUCAAAUCUUUCUCCUCCCAGCUAGUUGCAUUGGCAUUUCUUGUUGAUAAGGAACAAAGAUUAAGGGGAAAAUCAAGAAAAUCAAAUGGGGCUGCAAGACUCUUAUCCAAGGUGUUCAAUAUCAUGCUUGCGGAUAGGGCGCCAUUUUCAGAAUCGAAGCGGCAAGGUAUCAUUCAUAUUACCAAUCUUGCUUUCAAGAUCUAUACGAAGCUUGACAAUGUCCGAUUGUGCCAAACCUUCAUAUCCAACUUGAGAACGGGUGGUGUGCACGUUACAGAUUACUCGAUGGCAGAGCAAGUGACAUAUCGGUAUUAUAUGGGACGCUUCCAAUUCUACCAGAAUAACUUGAAAAAGGCAGACGAGCACUUUAGCUUUGCAUUUCGACAUUGUCCUAGCAAAAUGUGGCACAACAAAAGAUUGAUUUUGGAAUUCCUUAUACCGACACGAAUGAUCUUGGGUCGCAUGCCGUCCGAUGAGCUGCUUCAUGAAUAUCAACUUGCCGAUCCAUACAUGGGUUUAAAAUACGCACUUAUCAAAGGCGAUGUCUACAGCUAUAUGGGAAUCCUGGAUCAAAAUGUUGAGUACUUCACGCGAACCUUUUCAUAUCUUGUACUGCGAGGACGUGGUUUGGUACUUGUAUGGAGAAGUCUCUUGCGACGAGCGUUUAUCCUGACACGUUCAUCAUCCGAUGAUCUCAAAAUGUCGUACAAGACAUGCUAUGAUGCAUUACGAAUGUCAAGCAGAGAUGCAAAUAUUGACCUAUACGAUGUCGAGUGCAUGUUGGUGUCAUUGAUUAGUCAGGGGUAUAUUCGAGGAUAUCUGCACCAUCAGCAGCAGCGUUUAAUAUGCAGCAAGGCCAAUCCGUUCCCCAUGAUAUCCCAAGUACGCUUAUACAAGGAACAUUACAAUGAUGAUCUCAUGCAACACCAUCUCCAAACGGAUCAACCUGGAGUACCCCAAGAAAUUCUCGAUAUUAUUGAAGAUGACAGCGGCUACAAUGAUGAACAAGAGGAAGAAUAUGGCAUUGAACAAAUGGAUGACAGCAUGAUGUAUUAA